CUCUUUGCACAUUUUUAUAUAUUUAUUUUUCUAUCAAUUUUGAAUGUAUUUUCUUUUAGAAUUGUCAUAUAUUUUUUAUUGUCACUUUCCUUUUUUGCCUACAACCGUUUGUACAUAUACUAUCCUCAAUAUAAGUAUUUACCAUUUUCUAUCCAUUGUUUGAUUUACAUUACACAUACAGUCCACUCAUUCUAUCACCUACAUUUUGGUCCUUCGAGGCAAACAAAAAAGAAUACCAUCCCAAUAUUUUCAUUUAUUGUUUCAUUCGUAGUACAUAGUUUCAUACAUAUAUUGUAGUGCCAUCAGUACCAUCAUUCAUUUAUGAUCACUCGCAGUAGAAGUAAAAUCAUGGCAUCACAUGACGUUCCUACUACAUCUCACGCCGAACCAUUAUGUCAUAGUCGCGGUUCAUCGAUUGUAGACGUAGUUGAUAGGAUUUGUGUAGACGACGGCGACGCCGCGUGUAGUUUGCGUUCAGCACAAUCCAAAUCUCGGGUUUCAUCUUCAUCCGUAAAGGCGCGUAGGGCUGCUGUUGAAGCCGCUUACAAGCGACGGCAGUACGAGCGCGAGGCUAUGCUUGCACAACGUCUUUCGGAAGUUGAAGAUGCCGAAUUCCGUGCCGAGAUCGAACAAAUCAAUGCGGAUGCGGACUGUGAAGGUAGCAGGCGAAGUAGGAGCACAUCUACUCGUAUGAGAACACAGCAAUGGGUAAAGAACAAUGUAAAUACUAAGGUAUGUGACAACAGUGAGGAACAACGCGAGGUCCCACAGCCUAGCUAUCUGGCACCUACGGUACCGGUAGCCUCUCAGGCUGCUGCUUCGCAAAUAGCAUACACCUCUCGUAUCCAACACAUGUAG